AUGGUGGGUUUGUCUCCGGCGGCGAUGGAGGCCUGGUGGGACGACGUGAACAACUCCACGCUGUGUGAGGUCGACCGUGUGUUGUACUGCGGCGGAAUGUGCAACUUGUACACCCUGAGUGUCGACUUAUGGGCUCCGGCCAGCUUUCUAUACAAUCAAUGGAAUGAUCUAUGUGAUUCAGAUACUACUGUGGCUGCUCAUGUGGUGGAAACCAGUUCCAGCUGUGGUGAUUUUGUCAAAGAUGCUCUUUGCAGGAAAGAUAAUUUUUGUGGUAAGUCUAUCCCUAAUAAUAAAAGGGCAAAAUUUCAGCCUUUUUUUCGUCUGGGCUGUUUUUCGUCUGGCCCAUUCUACAAACCAGAAACACAUUCGCAGGCCCAUUCGCGCUCCCCCUGCACGGCCUGUUCCCGCACGGAACGGCCUUCACCAUCGUGUGGAUAUGUUUUCUCCGUAAAAAAGAAACCGCAGCCGCAACUCGCGAGCAGCACUCGAUGCCGGAUGAAAGCGCCGCCGUUCGUCGCCCACACCAUGCGUGCUCGCCGUCCGCUCACCCACGCGUGCUCGCUGCCCGCUCGCCGCCGUCCGCAUCUACGUGCUCGCCAUCGCGAAAAGGCCGGCCGUCCGCAUCUACGCGCUCGCCGUUGCCAAAAGGCCGGCGAGGUGCAGGGACGUCGACGCCGCGGCUGCGCCCACGCGCGCUCGCCGUUUGCUUGCCACCACACGCGCUUGCCAGCCGCUCGUUUCCGUCUGCUCGCCCACGCGUGCUCGCAGCCCGCUCGCCGCCGUGCGCACCUAAGCAGACGCCAAGUCCGAUGAGGUGCUCAGACGUCGAGACAGACUCGGAGCUGGGCAGGAGCGGCGCAUAAUUACCUCAAAUCCAAGUUCGACACAGACUUCCCCUACAUGU